UGAAGAGGGCAGGGAUGACCCCUUUCACUGCACCACGUUGGAUCGGGCUGUGUAUAUAAAGAGCCUCGCCUCUUAGGAAGAAUCACAAGUACCAAACCAUCAGCAUCUCUAGUACUUCUUGCUGCUAUCACACGGAGAUUAUGUAUACUCUUAAGGUGCUGCUGGCGGUUGCACUAUGUGCAACAGGGACCCUCUGUGCACCUCAGAGGCCAAACAGUGGUGCUGACAAAGACGCAGUGAUCACCUCACAACAGCUUGAAGUUAAUUUCGAUGGGAAUUAUGUGAACAACUUCGAGACAAGCAAUGGGAUCAGUCAUCAGGAAUCGGGACAGCCAAAGUCCGUAGAUGGCGAAACUCCUGUCGUUGCUCAAGGUCAAGAUUCGUAUACUGCACCUGACGGUCAGCAGGUCAGCAUCAGUUACAUCGCGGAUGAGAAUGGCUUCCAGGUUCAGGGUUCCCAUAUCCCAACGGCGCCACCAAUUCCUCCAGAGAUCCUGAGGGCGCUCGAGUGGAAUGCAGCUCAUCCUGAAGAAGACGACGCUGGACAGGGCAGACCACCUCAGAGAGGUUAAUCAAUUGAAUUAUUCCGUGAACGUGAUCUGACCUAAGGAGCCAGCUUGCCAUGGACAGUACCGACCCGAGCUUCCGAUGCAUAUAUAAAAUAAUUGAAAUAAUUAUAGUAUGAAUAUAUUAUAAUAGAGUACAUCGUAACAAUAUGGAAGAAGAAAAAACAAAAUUCUAUCGUUAUACAUGUAUGAUUUAUUAUACAUGAUUAUAUACGCAUAACCUCUUUCACUGGAAUAUGGUGAUACUUAAUUCCCGUGUCACAGGCGUGAUAAAUCUUCUUUAUAAAAUAUUUAAUUACAACUUUCAAUCGUUCAUACAACGAUGCACUUCUUGCCUCGGUGCAACGCGCUCCUGUCACUCGAGCGCGAUGCACUUCUUUCAAAGGAUAUAAACAUGUACACGUUUUGUGAUUUUUUAUAUGUAAAUAAAGAAUUAUGAUGACACUUUA